CGUCGCCUGAGUUUACCGCAUGGUAGAGGACCAUGGCAUUGCGAUUUGCGCCAAGCGCUGGUCAUUACACUCGCAGGAAGAACACGGCGAGCAUGGGUAUGGACACGCCGACGUUCAUCAUCCUCGUGUCCUUGGCAGGCGUCGCCGGCGUCCUCCUCACGGGCUACUGCCUGCGCAAGUACGAGGACAUGCAGGGCAACCUCGACGGGCUCAUCUUUGCGCCGUCGGACGAGCCACUCUUGCGCGAAAACUUGAAGGACAGUUUUCUCGAAGAGGGCCGCUUCGAGUGGCAGUGCGUCGUUUGCGCGCACCUCAACCACCCUGACAAGUCGACGUGUUCGCUCUGCGGCGCCACCGAAGUCAUGAUCAACGACCUCAAGUGCUCGAACCUCACCGCGCUCUCGUCCAACCGAACGCUCAAGACGCUUGGCUCGACCGUGCUCCUCGUCUCGGCGCCGUCGGUCGAUGGUUUCGUCGAAGAAGAUGGCGGCGUCAAUACGGGCGACGACCGGACAUUGACGACAUCGCUGCCCGAGUCGCGCCAGCGUGCACUGCGGUACCGUCGCCACAACAUGCAGCUCAACCAGCGCCAGCGUCAAGCCAAGCGCCGCCGGCUCUGGCAGCGCGCGCACCUCGCCAACGGCAACUACGUCUGGGUGCGCACGUCGACGUUCAUCAACACGGACGGCAACCUCGACGACACGUUUCUGCAGUCGAUCGCCAACAAGCCGCGCGGCAGCACGGGCGCGCUCCCGACGUCGCUCCAGGAGAUGCUCCACCGCAAGAACGCGGCGUCCAUGGGCUUUGUGACGCAAACCAACCGCGAGACUGGGACGCUUGUCUGGAAGAAGGCCAACUCGCACACCGGGGACGACCACGACGACGAUCUCAUGUGCUUGGAGGACGGCUUUGCGUACGACCUCGAAGGCCUCAUGGCGCUGCCCUUUAGCCAAAAGAAAACGUGGUUUGUGAAGAAGCUCGCGCGUCUCGCCGUGCCGUACCACGAAGCCUGUCACUCGAUCCUCGUGCGGCGGCAGUUCGUCUUGGAGGACUCGGUCGCCCAUUUCUCGGCGGCCGCCGACCGUGGCCGCUUCCACGAGCAUCUCCAAGUGACCUUCGAAGGCGAGGCCGCGCUAGAUGCUGGCGGUGUUUUGCGCGAGUGGUUUGGGCUUGUCUGCGCCGAGCUCUUCUCGGGUCCGCUCGGCCUCUUCUCGACGACGCACGCCGAGAACCAAAGCUACUGGAUCAACCCCGCGUCCAAGCUCGCCCUUGGCAAGUACCAUUUACACUACUUUCGGUUUGCGGGCUGGGUCCUUGGCCGCGGUAUCCUCGAGGGCUUGGUGCUCGACGCGUACCUGGCGCUGCCGCUUCUCAAGCACAUUCUGGGUGUGCCCAUCUCGUUUUCCGACUUGGAGUUUCUCGACGAAGAGCUGUACCGCAACUGCCUCUGGGUCCGUGACAACGCCGGCGUCGACGCGCUCGCACUCACCUUUAGCAUCCAAAGCGCCUACGGCGGGGAAGUCGACCUGAAGGAGAAUGGCCGCAACAUUGAAGUCAACGACGCCAACAAGCUCGAGUACCUCAACCUCGUGCUCGAGUACAAGAUGCUCAUAAGCAUCUCGGAGCCGCUCCAAGAGCUCCUCACGGGUCUCUAUGACAUCAUCCCCCGCGCCAUGCUCAGUGUCUUUGACUACCAAGAGCUCGAGUUUUACACGUGCGGCGUACCCAGUAUUUGCGUCGACGACUGGAAGAAGAACUCGGCCGUGCGCCACAUCCCUGGCGCGUCGCGCGUCAAGCAGAACGAAGUCCUCGAGUGGUUUUGGAGCGUUGUCGAGAGCUUUAGCGACGAAGAGCGCGGCCGACUGCUCCAGUUUGCCACCGGGUCGAGCCGCCUCCCCGUCGAGGGCUUCAAGGGCCUCACAAGCUUUAGCGGCCAGAUCCACAAAUUUACCAUUCAAGUGGUUCAGCGAGGCCACCCGCCCGCGGGUCUCUGCCCCAAAGCCCACACGUGCUUCAACCGCAUUGAUUUGCCACUGUACAAGGACCGCACCGAGCUCGAAAACUACCUGAGCCUCGUGAUUCAAAUGGAGAUUACCGGGUUUAGUUUGGAGUAAAUUAACUUAUCAACCGAAUUGCUGCUGGUUCACCGCGCAUUCGAAGCUAAUCAACGUGUACAUGUGCUUGGACGUAGC